UGGAACACACUGUAUAUUAUAUUGUAUAAUUAUUUUAAUUUUUUUGUAGAAAAAAAAUAAUUUAUGUAAUUUCAAUGAGUUGAAACUAAUGAUUUGAAUCAAGCGCCCUAUUAAUGGCGGACGGUGUCCAAAUUCUGCGACUUAUUUUUGUAAAGAAAGCAAUUACGAAGCGCAAUAUCAAGUUACAAUGUAAAAGUUAUACGAUCAGUUACGAUUUAUAUUACCGCUGACUCUAUAAACAGAGUAUAAUGUAUGAUCCCUCUAGUACAUAACGAUAAUGAUCCAUCGUUACGAAAUUGUCUGAUAAAACUGAUAACACACACACGCAUCUGAUAAACUGGUUAAUUGGCGUACUCGGUCCGCAUCAAGCGAGUGUAAUGAACACGCUCGAGGCUUCGACCGACCAAUUUUGCUUCAUCAACGGGGCGACUCGAGUGACCCGAAGCGCAGGACGCGGUUAAACGAAUUAAUUCAUUUGUGUAAUUUGCCGCAACAAAGUGCCAAGUCUCGUGAAUAAAGUAUGCUCAUUGAAUUAGCUCGAAAGCUGUCGCAUCCUAUUAAUUAUAUUAUCGUUACAAGCAGCAUCGUUUGUUUAUAAACAGUGGGAUAUCAUUGUACACUGUAAAUAUAACAAUCUCUAUUCUUACGACGUAGAUCAAAAUAAAGCAAUUAACUUUGAAGAUGCAGUGGUUAGCCAUGAUAAUGUGCCUAUAUGCUGGUGUAGUCAGUGCACGUACCGAGGAGGAUCAGCAGACCUCAAGCACAAACGGAGUUUCCAGUUUACUUCCAGAACAAUGCUUCUACAGACCACAAACAGACUGUCCAGAUGUGGAUGGAAGUUCCAAUAAAUGUCCUUGCAAGAGGAUCACACUUGCAAAUAUGCCCGAGGGCAAUGCUGCGCUUUGUUGUAAUACAGACAAACGGGCUCUAGAAUAUGGUCUUUCUUGCAUAGGAUUCUCAUCAAACAUAAGUUAUAUACAUAUACGUAAUGCAACCUUGGAUGAGUUUGAUGCAAAUGAAACCCGUUGGAGGAUGUUGAAAUCUCUGGCUAUAACUGAUGGCAAAAUUAAACGGGUGAUGGGCCAGUUUCUUAUAAUGGCACCCACACAGUGCCUGAAUUUCUCAAAUAAUGCGCUAGUCGAGGUAGAGAGUAACUCGCUCAAGUGGUUAGCGCUUCUCAGCAUUUUGGAUCUGUCUUAUAAUAAUCUCACUCACCUUCCAGCUUUGAAUACAAUGAACGGUCGGGAAUUCUGGCUCGAUAUCUCAGGAACAAACACACUCUGGUGCCACGACAUAUAUCAAUAUAUCAAUAAAACGGGCGAAAAGCAAAUUACGUUUAAUCGCGAAAAUGAGACAGUGUGUUCCGCAAAUGCAACAUGGCACUGGUUUAACACUACUGAACAAGUUCCUCUUACACAAGUUCUUUACCUCAGUUUGUUGCAAACAGAAUGCCCAAAAGGUGAUACCUGGCAAUGCCUAUGUGAUAUCAAAAGAUUAGACAUUAUCGAAGGCAAGCCACCUACUAAUGCUGUAAAUGUGGACUGUAGCGGAAUGCAGUUAACGGAAUUGCCUGAAAAACUUCCGCAAAACACUAUAUCGCUUAAUGUUUCUUAUAAUAAUAUUACAGUUUUAGACAAUCUGAGUACAAAUCCGUGUUACGAAGAUCUGCGAGAGUUUUAUGCAGAUUAUAAUAAUAUUUCUUCAAUAAACAUAUUGGAGGGCGCCAAGUUUCUGGACAAUUAUGCCUAUCUAAGUUUACGAUACAAUAAAAUUAAGUCACUGCCAACAUACAUAUUGAGUUCACACAAUAAGAAUUUCUUAAGCUCGAGAAACCUGGUAAAGCUGGGAGGUAACAAGUUGCAUUGCGACUGCAAUACUGCUAAGCAUUUAAAGACAUGGUUGCAAACGCGGAUACUGGAUGCCGACGAAGUAAUGUGUGAAAAUGUAAAGGAAAAAGUUAUAGAUCUAGAACCGUCCAAGAUGUGCGUAUAUCCGGGAGACUGGACAGAUUAUAUAUAUUACAUUAUCGCCACGGAGGUAAUACUUCUGAUAAGUUUGAUCACCAAAGUAUUGUAUGACUAUUGGGUGUUUAAGACUUCUGGUUAUAUUCCGUGGCCAGCGAAUAAAAUGCCGAAACUGCCGUGUGAUUGGCUGUGCGAUGGGUGAAAUGUACAAUACGCGAACGCGUAUGAAAUUUUCUACUGUCACAAAUGCGCAAUAAGAAUAUAUUUGUCAUUUUUAUCAGGAUAUACUAAACGUGUGUUUUGGCAACUAAUAUAUCAAUUAUCUAUGGUAUACAUAGAGUACUAUGGUAUAGAGUAAUAUUUUUCGAUAUUUCAUUCAAAAGCAGGAUUUUUAUAAAGUUAAUCUCUGUACAAAAGUCCAUGACAAAUUUUUUGGUCAAAUUUACACUAUUUCUUAGGAGAUUUAUAUAUUGACAAGUUGAGGAAUUCAUCAUAUGUAAUAAUUUUAUACGUAUGUAAUUAUACAAUUGCAAAUGUCAUAUAAAAAUAAAGAAUUUACAAGCGAUUUUGUUACGGAAAAA